ACAUCUUCGUGCUGGUCUUCGCCAUGGACAGCCGGGAGUCCUUCGAGGAGGUGAUCCGCCUCCGGGAGCAGAUUCUGGAGACCAAGGCCAGUGCUACCAGUGGGGGCAGCCGGGGGAAGAGACAGGCGCCCAGGGUGCCCAUGGCGAUCGCUGGCAACAAGUGCGAUCGGGAACUGAAAACUGUCCAACCCGAAGAAGCAGUCACUUACUGCACAACCCAGGAUUCGGCUUGCGUCUUCGUCGAGACGUCGGCCAAGAAGAACUACCAGGUCGACGACCUUUUCUACGAGCUCUUCGUAGUCGCCAACUUACCCCUCGAAAUGGCUCCCAACCACCACAAGCGGGUCAGUACAGCCUUUGGCAGUCCUUGCACGCUGCCGCCUACCAGUAGCCAAAGCAAUAGAAGUAAGAAAUGCACGCUGUCCAUAAAGAGAAGAUUGUCAGACGCCUGCGGCGUGGUCGCUCCCAAUGUCAGGAGGCCCAGCAUCAGGACAGACCUGAUGAUCAUGAGAACAAAGACUUGUGCCAAAGGCGAGAGCGACAGUGCCAGCGGCAGUCCCAAGCUCACCCUCAAUCGGUUGGUCAGGUCUAACCCCCAAACCGAUAAGCGAUCUUGUGUCAUUCAGUGAAGUGUUAAUAUUGAACAAUUUACAGAAAUUCAAGGCUUUUACGCCUGAGGUAUUUUUGAGACAGGUGCUAUUCUAACCAUCUGAGAGUGGAAAUAAAGGCCCUUUGGAAAAUCGGAUAGGUACAACGGCGAAGUUGAAUACCCCAUUAGAGUUAAAUUAAGAUAACUUACUUUAUGGAGUCAAUCAAAUAAAUUGCUACAAAUUACAUAAUUCCUCGAGUUUUCUCGGAACCGACAA